AAAAUCAAUUGCCACUCCACAUGCAAAUCGCUACCGUGCAAACGAGACCCUUCCCCUUCUAUCGCGUUGAUGCCGUGACAGAGCUAGGGUUCCCCGCCGCCGCCGCCAUUCGCCGCCGCCGCAGUGUGAGCUCCCCUCCCCUGUCCCUUUCCCGGCCUGGUACAACUCCAAUCGUCCCCGAAUCGACCGUGCGCCCGCGGUUCGAGCUUAACCCCGUCGGCCGCCGGUGAUAGGAGCUCUGCGAGCCGCCGUCCCCCCGCCGCCCCGGUCCACGGUCUGCUCCUCCGCGCUGUUCCCUGCCUCCUACAACUCUCUCCGUCACCGAUUCAGCCGGGUGCCCGCGGGUCGAUCUUGUCUCCGUCGGCCGCCGGUGACGGGAUCUCGUCCCGGUGAGCUUCUCCGACGAUUCGGCGACGUACUGCUCGGACCCCGCCAGGUGCUCUUCACCGUCAGCCACCUCCGUCGCCCUGCUGAAUCAACCUCCUCCAGCGACAAGGAUCAUUUGUUGUUGAUGCUUUACCAGUAGCCUACCGACUCGCUUCCACGAAGCGCUUUUUUCCGCGUCCGCACCUUCGUGUGAAAGGGGGAAUAGGGGAUCACAAGGCAGCCAAAACCCAAACCGUGAAAGGUUAGAAGAAAAUUAAUUCCAAGCCUUGCUGCUGCCGGCGGCUGCGGCGGCGGUUGGUUAGGGUUUGGAGGUCGCGCGCGGCACCUCCGUGCUUUGCUUCUGUCCGAUGGCAGACGACGAUGCCGACAUUCUUCCUCUCUACAUCGAGGAGGGCGAGGAGGAGGCCGCGGCGUCGAAGCAGCUGCGCCGCCAACAGAGCAAGAGGAAGAAGCCUCGGGAGAGGAUGCCGUGGGAGUUCGCCACGCCAGGGGAGGAGGCCAAGGCGGAGGCGAGACUGGCUCUGGAACGCCAACUCAUCGUGCACGACCCCAAGACUGGAGACACUUGCUUCACCCGCGUCUGGUUCCUUGACCUCACCAUCUUUGACCUCGACGAAGAGACACAAUAUGGUCCUAUGCGUUAUGUGAAUUCAACUAUCGGUGAUGACCACAGAUUGGUUGGCUCUUUAAAUGUGCUUUGUGUGAAGAUAAUCUCCUCAGAUGUUGCCUACCCUAUCAAUGUCUAUGGGACCGUGAUAGUCAGAGAUAAUCUUGAUUAUAAAUGCAUCAACAUCUUCCGACGUGAUAGAAAUAAUUGCCAGCAAGUCACGUCAAAGAAUGAAGAUCUGAUUCUGACUGGCCCAACUAGAGGAGUUGUUUUUCGUGGUGCAGCUUUCUUUGAGAUAAAUCUGAUGCUCAGAGAAGAUGGAGAGGGCAAUGACAGACAAUUCAGCAAAGCAUUGAUUGAUGUGUUACUUGGCAGAAUUAACUCUAAGGUUUGUAGCAGGACUGUUCCUAGCUGGCUUAGUGAUGUGCAACUGGUAUUUUCAUAUGUUAAAAAUGCACUGGAGGCCACAAUUAAGAUCAAAGUUCUGUCAGGACCUGAAGUUUUUCAUGGCAAAAUAACUGCUUGCACCACAGAAGUUCCAAACAAUUUUGUGAUGUACGACAGUGAUGUUGGUGGUGGUAUUACAGUUGAUGAUGGCGGAAUUAUCCCACUAUUGCGACAUGUGGUGGCAGUUUCAGUAGAUGAGAUGCUGAUACUCAAUAUCGGUGCCCAUGGUGCUGAUCACAGUGGUAACAUGUCCAGUUGUGUGAGGAAGUUCACUCCAGUGAUUAAAGGUGCAGAUGAGGACGAGUUUACCUGUGGUCCUUACAUUAUACGAAUGGAAGUUAUCUGGUCAACCUUGUUUUUUACCACGCGGGUAAAUCAGGAGCAUGACCAUAUGUGAAUUUUUCCAUAACUUCGUAGCCAUACUGGACACAGCUAUAAUUAACAUGUUAAGUUACGUGGCAUGUCAUAGCAUGAAGCCAUGGCUAUGUUUUAUCUUAGCUAGUUUUUUGGACUUGUAACAUGUAAAUGUGUGCA